AUGGAGGAGGCUCGGACCGCACAGUGUCUCCCACCCACCACAUGGGUCCAUGUCGUUAUCAAGGUACAACCCACAAGGCUUUCACGUAUAAAAUUUUGGGCGACGGCCAAGUCGUUAUUCAUGGCUAAUGAUUAUUACUGGGCUGCCAUUGGAGAGAUCACCCAUGGUGCACAGGUGUACGGUGCAGGGGAUUGUCCAUACAUCCGGUGCGGUGGUGGGACACCGCCUCUACCUCUCGCCAUCCAGUGUAAGUCAGAGAGCGAGGCGAGAAAGGUCAUAAAUACUCUUCAAUCACAUGCGGAUUCAUUACCAGAUGGUGCAGAUCACUCCCAGUUCCUUGCUGCAUUCGACAGUCCAGCCGUACGGACAUUAGUCAGUGAUGAAGCAAGUUUCUAUGCAGUUGUUAUUGGUUCGCCCCCUGGCAUCCAUCGCACAGCAGAACGCGCGUCGCGUGCAGAGAGGGGAUUUAGUAGUCGUAAACGCAGGGAAACGCAGCCUUUUUGGAUCGCCUUCGCUUUCUUGAUCGUCAAAGGCAACACACAAGAUAUGCCACCUUUAUUCACCUCCACUAGUGCCAAUGCAAACACCACACAGGUCACAAUCGAUGCCUUGGGUGAACAACUGUCCCGCUCACUGAACACCUCGUCUUUCCAUUCAGCGCCGACUUCUUCAUCCUAUACUGCCUCGUCUCGCACCUUCUCGCCUCGCACUUCCUUGUCUCGUCCAUCUAUUUCCAGCUCUCCCUCGGUUUGCCAAGAUUCCUCAGUUUCUUGGCCCACCUCUAUUCCUGCCAGAUCUGAUUCAUCGACGUAUCCGGCUGAACCAUCCCCCAUCAUCUAUAGUCAUAUUCGCGAUUUACGUGGCAUAAUUUCCAGCAACUACUAUCCGACACCAACAACGUCCAUUCGAAGGUCAGCCCGCCCACUCAGAGAUCUCGCUGCUCGUUUUCUCGCCUCUCAUGGGUAUAGUGUAGAGAUCGUUGAUCUCAUUAUUGAUGCUCAGAGACGUCAUUCCAGUGAACAAUUCAUCUUGUUCCUGGCAGGGAGGGGCAUGGCCAUAAACGAAGCCAAAUUUUUACUAUUGCUCAUUGAACAUGUUGCAGGAACAAAUGUCUAG